AUGACCGACUGGGCUAAGCUCAAAGUCGUCGACCUCAAAGCCGAGCUGAAGAAUCGAGAUCUUCCACAACAUGGCCUCAAAGCUGAGCUUAUCGCGCGCUUAGAAGAAGCCGACCAGGAUACGGGGGAAAUCGACGCCCAAAUUGAACCAGAAGAAGAUGCGCCCAUGGCCAAUGAUGCUGGAGCUGAUGAGCCGGCAGCGGAAGACCCAGCCGUCGCGGACCAGGGGCCCCAGGAAGCGGUCGAGAACCUCAAAACCACAGACGAAAAGCCAGAGGAAAAGAUGGAAGAGGUAGAGAAAAAGGAAACGGUCGAACCUAACGCGUUCAAUGCCGAGGCAGAGACAAACAAAGGGGGCGACGACGCAGACAAAGAGGAAAUCUCCAAGAAUGGAUCGUUGGAGGAAGUGUCGCAAGAAGCCGAACCGGUAUCUGAUAUGCCAAUUCCUGGGAACGAAGCCGAUAAUCAAUCGAGGGAACCGACGGUGGACGAGAAAUCAAGAGCGGGAACAGUGACCACCACUGUUGAAUCUACACCUUCCCACUCUCUCGAGCCAACCCCUGCUGCCGAACAGCAAAAGCGCAAACGCCGUUCUCUUACACCCCCGCCUACCGAAGAAUCGAUUGCACGAAAACGCGCUCGUCCCGAUGAAAGUGUAAUAAAUAACAACAAUUUAGGUUCGCACCAGGAGGAUCUGCUGCCUGGAUCUCAAAACGAACCUGGGCCUAUGAAUAUCGAUAAUCAGCCCAAAUCGGAGAAAAUUCAACAAGAACCAGCACAGGAAUCAAAAGCGCCACCCAAGGAAGAAGCUAUUACAAAGGACGGAGGCAAACAACAAGAAAUGGAUUACGAGCGGGACGUUGCGCCUGCGGUGCACCCGGCCACUUCUGCCCUAUACAUCAAGAACUUCAUGCGCCCUCUUCGUCCUCAAGAUGUCAAGGCACAUCUUGUUGACCUCGCUACGCACCCUCGAGAUUCUUUAGAUCACGAUGUCGUGGUAGAAUUCUUUCUUGAUCAAAUUCGCACUCAUGGUUUUGUUAUCUUUAAAACUACUGCCGCUGCCUCCCGUGUCCGCACCGCACUGCACGACAGUGUCUGGCCUAACGAGAGUAACCGCAAGCCAUUAUGGGUUGAUUUCGUCCCGCCUGAUAAGGUCCGUGACUGGAUCGAUACUGAACAGGCCAGCGGAGGUCCUCGUGGGCGUUCUGGCGCGCGAUGGGAAGUCAUAUACGAAGAUGGACCUGACGGUACUGUCGAAGCUCAUCUCGAAGAAGCGACAUCAUCUGUGUCCCGUCCAGGUCCUCCCCUAGGCGCAGGGCCACCUCCAAGCUCUACGCUGGCCAGCGAUUCCAUCCCUGUUGGACCGAGAGCACUCCGUGAUCCUGCCAUCCCUACAGGACCUCGUCCUGUUCGCCCCGGCACCGGUCCGGGACCUCGACCCCCGCCUACCAACCCAGGCGGCACGUUCAAACGGACUAAUACCCGCCCCGUUAUCAACUACCAACCUGUGUCCGAGGACCUUGCGCGCCGUCGUAUUGACAACAUGCGCUCUCAUUACUCGACCGACCGCGUUCGCGACUUCGGUCGUGAGAUCAACCGCUACUCCUUCGAGAACGGUACCACAUUUGUCGACAGAGGCAAGGAAGUGUUCGAAGGGAUCCGACCUCCUCACCGCGAGCGCACCAUGGGUGGCCGUGAGCGCCGAGGCGGAAGACGUCGUGGACGUGGCGGCGGCGGUGGCGGUCGACCGCGCAGUGAUCGUUAUCUACCUCCUCCCCGAGACGACCGCCGUGCCCGCCGUGGCUCUUUCUCCGAUGAUGGUGAUGCCCGGAUGAGAGACUGA